AUGGCGAAUGAGAACUUUUUACUGAUUGAUUAUGGCGACAAAAUUUACCAGGAAAGCAUGGAGAAUGAGAUUUCGAUAAUCAGUGACUUUCCAGAUGAAUUGAUAUUGAAGAUACUGUUCGCUCCUAGUAAAGAUGUCGUAGCCACGAGUGUCUUGUCAAAACGGUGGCGAUAUCUUUGGAAAGAUGUGAAGACAUUCAUCAAAAAUUCAAGCGUUGAGAGUUUGCAUCUUAAGAUAAGUCCACAUAUUGCUAGUACAAAUAUCAAAUGUUUGGUUAACAUGGCAGUUGCUCGUUCUUCGAGAGAGCUGAGAAUUGAGAUGGUUUGUUAUUCCUUCGAGUUGCCCAAAAGCUUUUAUAUCUUUUCACAACUUGAAACUGUUAUACUCGAGAAACUAGGUUUGAUGGAUGUUCCACCUGAUGUUCAUAUGCCUUGCCUCAAACGUCUCCACCUUUUAUCAGUCAACUCCCUUACCAAUGUAAUGAUAUUUAAGAUCGAUGUGCCUACACUGAAGAUUUUAUCUAUCGAUAAUACGUCUGGGAAAUCUCGGCCUAAAGGUGUUCAUGGAUUUGUGAUAAAUACCCCUUCUUUGAGUGUCAACGUUGUUUGUGACAAACCUUGCAAGUUUCUAGGAUCUCUUGUCUCGACCCAAUAUAUAUCUAUGUGCACUGUCACAUCACAGACUGCAUAUGGUUCUAUUUGCUCUUCCUUCCUUUUCCUUGACCAUCUGGAGCUAUGUUUAUGUUCUGCGCAGCAGUGGAAUCUACUGACUCGUAUACUCAAUGAUGCUCCUAGACUUCGAGUUCUCCAUCUCAAACUGUAUCAUGAGCAUUGCGUUAAGGAGACGAUAGAUCCGGUGUUGAACCAACCAAAUUUUGUUCCUCAAAUUUUAUCAUCUCAUCUUGAGAUCUUUGAAUGGAGACAAUACAACGGGACAAAGCAAGAGAGAGAAACUGCAAAGUACAUUUUAGCUAACGCAAGUCAUCUAAAGAAGGCGACUUUUUACUCAGAAUUUCUAGAGAAGGAUGUGAUGUUGAAAGUUAGAAUGUGUGCCCAGAGGUUCAAAGACUUGUCAGCUUGAGUUUGAUUGAGCACUAUUGAGUGUGAGACUUCUUGUGUUAAUGGUGCAUAUGAGAUGUAUACCCCUUUUUCACAUUUCUAUAUGUAGCUCUAUAUAAUUUAACAGUCUACUCACUAUUAACGAUCACAAGACAAUCUUCACCUAUAUCAAAUGGGAAGAAACUUAGGACACUAGAUGACCACGUAUUUACCACUUUCUGUUUUUUUUCAACUGCAUUUAGCAAACGCAUCUCAAUCGUCGGCUAUGAAAUACUGCUUGUCCAAGGUGAUCUCGUAGUACCACCAACAAAAGCCGAUGCAUUAACCCAAGAUGAGUGCACAUUGCACUUAAACUCAUUUAGUCUCCAUUCUAGGUUCCAAAACCGGCACAUUCACAGUAUCCGAAUUUAACUUCAAACCAAAGCAUUGUUUGAUGGAGUAUACUGAAACUCCAAAAGGAGCACCCAUGAUGGUUCAGCGCAUCCUAGACCUCAAGCUAAUUUUGGCAUUCUGAAUCCUUUUGGAAACAAUCCACUAUAUAUAUGUCUGCCACUGAACUAUAUAUAUGUGAAACUAAUUUUUAUACAUUUAAAAAAAAAAAAUUGUUUAAAACUUAUAUGCUUGCAUAUGAAUGGUGUACUUGGUCCAAUACUCCUGGCUAUCAUUCCGAUUUCAAGAUACCUUGAGCAGAGUAGAUUUUGAUAACUUACCUACCGUUGCAAGGCGAUGAAGGGCAGUAAACCCCCCGGUUCUGUUCUUCUAUGCAAAGUCUAACUUCUUAAUGUCACCGCAUAUGUUUCUGAACCAUUGCUUUGGUUUGUUCAGCUUUGAAUUUUAUCUCUUGUAUCUUAUGAGAAAGUU